CGAUUUAACGCCAGCCAUAUUUAAUUUGAACCUUCCCACACGAUCUCCUCACUGCAUGUCACAUAAGUUCGCUCUGAACAGGUGAUGUAGCCUUUUUACUAUCGUUUUAGCACGGUGAACCAUUUGUGCCCAUAGUAUGAAUCGGAGGUGAUAAAACUCAAUAGUUAGCACGAGCAACAAAUCGCAAUCGUAAUUCAGCUUAGUUCCUGCUCUGAAAUGGUCAAUCGUCAAUCGCUUGUGCUGUACUGAAACUACGAUUGAUAUUUAGCGCCAUCGAUUUGCUUCAUAGUCCAAAGCCAGGACUGGAAAACUGAGGUUUCGCACAACCCACAAGUUAGAAAUGUUUGGUAGUUGAUUUUGAUAGGGGAAGACCUACCGAUUAACGCCAGGUCGUUUGUAAAGCCAAAUAUUAGUACAGGGUUUGAGUUAGGAGGAUGUUUUCGUGGGGAAAAAACACUGUUCAGUAUGGAAACGAGGGUGAUUUAUAAAACGUGGUUCCUUGGCCAUUUGACUAUGUUUUUUUUUUUAUUACUAGUCUUCUUACAUGUAUGUGAAGUCACGAAGUUUGCUUACUCUAUAAAACCAUGAAUCCUGUUACAUGACUGGUCAUGUGACUCUGAAUAUUAUUUAACAGAGCUCGAAAUUAAAAAAAAAAUCGCCUUUUGGCGACUAUUAAAGAAGAAGUGGUCGCCAAAUAUAAAAAUGCGGUCGCCAGAUAGUACAAGAACAGAAACUCAGAUUAGAGCCCCAUUUAAUUGACAUAGUUGUUCGGCUUCUGGAACUAAACACGUUGCGGUAGCUGCUGCAUGAGAUUCACGCUCCGAACAAACGUUUUUGAAAGGCUUCGAAACGCUUCUUGUUUGCAUACUAACAACGAUCUUGCAGCAAAUUACGAAACUCGCUCAGUAUAUUCUUCUCUUGUGAUAAAUAAUUCAUGACUUUCGGUGUAGACUCAUCUCACUUGAUCGAGAAAAUGGUGAAAGAAAGCACCUGCUUUGAAAGCCGGCUCUGCUACAGAAUGCUUUUAAAUUCAGCGGCCUUUCAACAAAAUAUUGCGCCCGCGAUCACAAUGUAGAAGCCAUUGUAAUGUCGCCUCGGAAGUCGCGAACUUAGAGCGAUUUCAAGUGUUAACUUAAAGGUAAACAGACUAAAUUUGCAUUUCCCUUUGCAGAAAAGCAGAAACGAGACUAAGGAAAUUGUUUCUCACCUUUAAUAUUUUAUUUAUCAGAGGAACAUAGUUGCCAAAGUGGCGAAUAAACUCGAAUUUUUAGUCGCCAAGUUAAAAGUGUUAGUUGCAUUGGCGACCGUAUCGGUCGCAAUUUCGAGCCCUAACAUACUAAAAAAAGUUAUAUGAAAGUACUUAUUACUACAGGUUAACUUUUAUUUACAAACAUUUGCCAAUCAUCUCAGGGGAAGAACAAACAUUUUUGUGUUAGAUAAGAUAAAUUUGCACCAAAUUCGUAUAUAUAAACUAGAAUUGCUCUCUUAAAAUAAAGUUUAAAUCGAUUUUGAAGAGUUAUCCUCUUGGCUAGAAAUCAAGGCUGGCUUACUGGGUUUUUGUGACCUUUUGACCAUGUUUUUUUAUGAGACAAAACUCCUUGUGUCACUACAGUUUUACUUUCGUAACUGAAUAUAUGAAAAUCAUUCAUGUGAACUGCAGAUAAAGAAGUGAAUAUGAAAGUGAUCCUUGAAGUAAUGACCACUUCUUGAGCAGCAGUGAAAAGAAGGCCUCAAAAAAAUUCAGGCUUGUACAGGAUUUGAACUCAUUACUUCUGCAGCAAAUUAUGGGUAUGCUCAAUUGGUAUUUGUUUUGGAAGGGCUGGUUUUGCUGACUCAGGCAAAAAUUUAGCAAAGCAUUUGCGCAAAGCAAAUUUGAUUGAUAAUCUUGUUUUUGCCUUCUGAUUGCUCUUUUGGUGAAGCUUGAAAAUAUCAGAAAGUUACAUUUACUUUCUGCAUCAACUGCCAUGCUUAAUAUCUAUUUCUUUGCUUUUUAAAGUUCUCCGUGCAUUACAUCUUGUGUUUAAACAGUAUUUUCCUAAACCAGUUAUGUAUUUACAUGUACUUAUUGACCAGACUUUUUCAGAGGAACACCAUUUUUCAGUGAACAACCUGAAUUUAUGACAUAGUCCUACCUCACUGAAAAAAUUUUGCAUGAAAGUGAAUGCUGCUGUUGGUCGAUUUUCACGCACUUCUAAUCGCUUUUAGCUACCUUGGACUUAACCCCAUCACAGGUAUAUUUCCUGUAGGCAACCUGCAUUUUAUCAUGUAUUCCGCAUGCACAUGGUAAAGUCCAGAUAGGCAACAACCAAAUGAGUAGCCCACUGCAUUCUUCUAAAAUGAAAGUUUGAAAUUUGGUUCUUUUUCCUUCGUUCAAUAAAUUUUGCUUGUCUGCAAAAUAUCUUCAGUUAGAGGCUAUUGGAGGUGAAAUAGAUUUUGGUUUGCUUUCCAAAGCAAAAUUAUGUGAUAGAAUAUUUUUGAGGCAAGAAACUGUAACUGUAAUAGGGGAGAUAGUGCAUUGGGUGACAAAACUAAUAAAUGGCUGUGAAGGAGACUACAGGAAGUGUGGCACAGGCCUUAUUUUUCACUACUACCUUAGUAGUGCACAUUACUGCGAGGAUCACUUUCAUUCAAGUCUUUAUCCGCAGUUCAAAUAUAUGACUUUCAUAUAUUCUCAACCGUUUAUUUCAUCACUUCACGGGUUUAUUUAGAACCAACAUCAUGACCAGCUCCCAGUUGGCUUGUUAGCUCAGUUGGUAGAGGGCUGCACCGGUAUCGCAGAGGUCAUGGGUUCAAAUCCCGUACAGGCCUGAAUUUUUUUCAGGCCUUAUUUUCACUACUACCUAAGUAGUGCACAUUACUGCGAGGAUCACUUUCAUUCCCGUCUUUAUCCGCAGUUCAAAUAUAUGACUUUCAUAUAUUCUCAACCAUUUAGUGACAAAAAGAUAAGGCAAGAAAUACUCAAAGUUGUUGCAUGCUCUGUUACCUCUCAUUCUAUGCUUUAAACACAGGCCUAGUAAUUUCAAAAGGUGGAUGGAGGCAUCCACAGGCAGACAAACCUGUUUGAAAUUCCCUUGGAUUUUAGAUGUUGAAAAGCGAUCUGUUUUGGAAAUUCCUUGUUUGGCAGAUAACUUGAUGUCUCAGCAGCUCUUCAAGUUCCCCUUCACUCGAAUGUGACAUAUUGUGACACUCUGAUAUCCUUUUAUGUCUACAAGUGACAUGCAACUUGUAUUUUGCACUUGUGAUUUUCAAGUUGGAUUUUUGUAAAAGUUUUCUUAAAUUUGAUACUUACCAUCUUUUACACUUGUAGUGAUACACCAGUAAUUACAAGUUGGACACUUGUAACCUGGACUUUUGACAAUGUUUAUUAAACUCGUUUUCGUCUAAACUUGUAAAUACAAUGGUCCAACUUGUAGAUUACAUGUGUAAAAUUUUUAUUAAACUCACUCCAGUGUAAAGAAGAUGCAAGGGGAUAAAAAUCUCAGUAGUCUCCCUGGACUUUCUCUGUGUGACUCUGAUAUUGAAGAUGAUAUUGAAGGUAAGAAUCUUAAUAAGUAUAUAAAUCAGUGUGCAUUCCUGGCUGAGUGGAAUUUGUUUUACCAAUUACUUUGUUGAUGUUCACAGAUAUUUUGGUGGCCUAUAACAAAAUAUUGACCUUUGGAUAACUCUACCCUACUACCCAUUACUAACCCAUACAAAUUCACAGGAAAUGAUCAUGAAAGAAAACCAUGUAUAGUUGAACCUGUAUUAAGCAGCACUGCAUUGAGUGGUCACCUUAUGUAAAGUGGUCGGUCGUUCAAAGUCAGGAUGAAUUUUUUCCCUUAAGUACUGUUGUUUUCACCUUAGUCGUGAUCACCCUUGACUGAGUCCCAGUGAGCAUUUGCAUCGUCCAUCAUCUGUAUUUAGGGAUCACAUAAAGCAGAACCACUCAAAUUAAACCAUUAAGAAUAAUCUCUCAAGUCUAAUUUAUUCCAUGUUAAUCUUCAAGCCAAAAUCAAUGUUGGUGCUUUGAUUUUAAAUCCUCAAAGCAUCACAGAUUACAGGUAUAUUUCUUCUUGAGACUGUAGAGACAAAAGUGCUCUUUUUCAUUAAGUUUUACCCCUAUUCUGUGGAACCUUAUUGGCCAACCUGUAUUAACCUUUUAUUUAAGAGUGACUAGCAUCUAAGUUUUCCACACAUUAUUACCCCUGAAUCAGUUAUAAAGGUCACAAAAAGGAAAGAAAUGAUCACCAACUAAAGAAGCUGUUGAUUGUUGAACAAAUUCUCCCUGUCAGCACCUAAGGAAAUGUUUAGAGAAUAGUAUGGAGAAUAUAGAUACUGAUUUUAGGAUGUUAAUCCCAGGAUUAAACAAAUUCUAUUGUACCUUACAGUACAACACAAAACAAGAGCACCAAUCCACCAUCUUGACUCUUAACCUUAUACCUAAGGAAGACUAAAGAAACUGAUGGAAUCAUCGAUUCCAAAAUAAAUUCAUCCUCAGAGAAAGGGUUGUGUCAAUUAAUUAUAACGUCUUAGAGUGUAGCCUUAAGUGCUUCUUGCUGUGUUGGCUAAAUUUAUAACUUGGUACAAUUUUUAGGUAGCACCCCACAACUUUCACAACAAGACCAACAGGUAUGUAUGUACAUGUAUAAAAGCUAACAAUUGUAGUAGUAGUUAAAUGGAAUAAUUUAAUGCAUUUUUGGACCACAUAAACAACGUCGGAAAAUCUGAGUGUGCAUUUUGGUAUUUUUAUAAACAAGAGAGUAACUUAAGACGUAAAACUCGUCAUGUAAAUUAAUCCAUUAAAAUCUAAUGAAAGUUAAUCUACUGAAUACCAAUUUUAAUAAAGAUAUAAAAGGAAGGGUAUUAGUCGCAGUGAAGUAUAUAAUUAUUGAAUGUAUAUAAUGAGGAUUGAUCUCUCAGGGAAGAUACCAUUUGUCUGAACAAAAGGCCUUGAGGAGAAGUGCAUUAAGUAGCAUUUAAUAAAAAGAUAGUAUUUUAUGCUCCUGAUUAGCUCUCUUCUUUUGUAAUGCAAAUGAUGCUCAUUUUGACCAAUACUAUGCAUGCUAGAUACAUGUACAUUGUAUCUUUUUUAAUGAAAAUGCUCUAGACUUUAUAUCCAGAUGAAUUUUCUCGGUUGGUAGUACACAAUGUAAAUCAUAUGAGAAAUACUAAAUUCAUUGAUAUCUCUGAUAAUUGGCCACAAUGUAUGUAAUGUAUAACUAUGUUUUUUUCCAACCUAGGCUUAUCUAUGGCCUCCUCAGCAGCCAACAGUAUCUACAAAUGAAGGCGAGUUGUGAUUAUGGUAUAUUUUGCUAAAGAGCCAAGCUCAAUUUCUAGAAAUAGAUUUUGUUAAUUAUCAUGUUUAACUCCCAUGUGACUCAGGAAACAACAGCUCUUUACUUUUAACUUGGCAAUUGAGUGGAAAGGUCUUGGUUUGUUUUUUUUUUUUUGGUGAUAAAAUUAGAAAUGUUAUGUGCACAUGAGAGAUACUUGUAGGGAGCUUGACUAGUAGUCCCCAGGCCUCUCUAUCAUAGAAUUUGAGGGUUUUAUUUGAAGCAAAAUACAUGCAUUUGCAUGUUAUGCUCUCUUCGAUUUUCUUGUCAGCUUUACGAUGCUUGUCUUUGAUACUUCUGGGUAAUGAGCACAUUUGUUUUGUUUGCUGCAUUAGACCCUUACAUAUAGCAAUAUGAAAAUAUGCAGGAAAUGUAUAUAUCUUUUUGUAUUCUCGUCAAAAAGAGACACUAAGAAAACAAAAGGUGCAUGUAUUUCAUGCGUCUAUUUUAUAUCGCAACGUUUUUGAAAACAGGUAUACAUACAUAUACAUAUACCUUCAUUACAAUGCACAUGCCGUAAGCUACAGGCCUCGCAUGAAAUUAUCACCUUAACAUUAUUUAGUUUCGCUGAUUCAAAUAAAAAUUGUGCAAAGCAUUUGCAUUAAGCAUAUUUGAUCGAUAAUCUUGUUUUUGCCCUGUGAUUGCUCUUUUGAGGAAGGUUCAAAAAGAACAGCAAGGUAAGUAUCCUUGCGACUGCAAUGUGAAACAUCUGUUUCUUUGCUUGUGAAAGUUCUCCUUGAAUUAUAUCUUCUGUUUAAAUGGUAUUUUCCCGCUCCAAUUACGUGCCUCUUUGGACUAGACUUUCUUACAUGAAAUGCCUUUUUUCUAGAUAACGACCUGAAUUUUUUACUGGGAUACCUGUGGUAGCCCAGUCAUAAAAUGCCUUUGUUUUUUUGUCGCCUUUUUUUUUUUCCUCCGCCACAAAAUGGAAAAAUUGUGCAAUAGUACCCAGUGGUCAUUGGGCCCUCAACACCAUGACAACUAACUGUGAUCCAAUGAGAUGUUCACAUGCUGAUCAUGCGUGUUAUCUUGAUGAUGAUUGACGUUGUCACGUACAGACAGGGCCGGGUCACAUGACGAAUCACGAGAUUUUUGCUUAUAAAACUCUUUGGUCAGUUGUUUUGUAUUUCAACGUAUUUGGAUUGCGAUCUCCUGGAGCAUUAUGGCGCAAACGCUCAAAAUACGUACAGACGCAUAUACAAGUCGUAUUAAUCGCGGCUAAUCCACACUGAAAGAUGUUAUUGAGCGGUAAUUUUGGAACGGAUUGAUUCGCGAACGCUUGAAAGCCAUGAAAGCCUUGAAUGCCUUGUAUGCUAAGUAUGCCAAUGUCUUAGUUGAAAAACGUUCACUUGUUGUAAAAAGCAAAAUCUGAAAUCUGAAACCAAACUGCAUAUACUCUAUGCAAUCUAUUGAACAACGCUACUACCGUGAGACUGAAGAACAUAACUAUAAUGGAUGCAAACUGCUUGUGAAGAAAGACGACAUGUUGGAUUCACUUGAUGGCAAGGAACGUAGCUACGAUAACAGUACGAAUGGUAUUAAUUUCACGAUCAGAAAGGUGAACCUUAUGUUUGUUUUCAUUGUAGUUGUAUGGAUAUUUUUUUUUUAAUAAAUACAUGAUCCAAAAUCCUGUUUUUUUUUGUGUAUAAUGUUAUUGUGUUAAGUAUUGUUUACACAAUAGACCUUUUUACAGUUCCCGGCGCCAUAUUGGAAAUGCAACCGCACACACGUGAGAACGGGGCUGGGGUUGACUCGUGUUAAAUCUCUGUGAGCGCCUUUGGUGAAAUUCUUACUUAGGCAGUAAAAUUGUUCGAUUUUUAAGGAAAAUGGAUGGUCCUAGCCGAAAUCUCGAUAAAGCUAAUCUUUCUCCCAAAAAGAAAGGAGAGUAGUGUGCCGCUUUUGGUUGUUCAAAUACAUUUUAUGGCCCUAAUGGUUUGCCUACGAGCUUUCACUUCUUCAAGUUUAUGCACGGAGGCAUGUAUUUUUGCUAAGUAUUUAUUGUUCUAUACUUAUCUUAUUCUUUGUGAAUUAUGGAUUAGGGUGACUAUUGUUGCAAAAUUAGUACAAAUUUUCAUUUAGGUACCCGAAUUGUUUUAAGUUCGUUAGAGUUUUUUUUCAUUGCGGCAGUAAGUCAAUAAGUUCAGUACUGCUCACCUGUUUACUACAUGGCUUGCCAAAAACACUCCUAGCAGAGAAACUCUUGGAAAGUAAUUGCUUUUAAUAAAAUAACCAAGACACUGUAUCUUCAGAGUUUUAACUUAUUAUGGCAGACCCAGAAAACUGACACAAAUUUGGUAGCAAUUGUGACAAAAGCAGCUUUCAAUAGCUGUUGUUUUUGUUUUUCAUGAUAGCAUAGUAAUCCACUAUGGAUGCCACAUGGAACUCUCACAAAAUAUUUUGUGUGCUUUAUGUUUCAAUCAAUUUGAUGCUUCAAUUGGAAAAAAGAAAAAGUGAGUUUCACCAAGUAAAAGAGUUUUCAACACAAAGAUGAACUGACACUAAAUUUUAUUCACAGAAUUGUCCUCAUAAUAAGUUUGAUAGAAGUCUCGCAAAAAAUAAUAUCUCAUACAGUUCGAUGGUCUGAAAGAUUCUCUUUCAAACAAAUCUUAUGGUAAUUGUAACAGUAUAAAAUGAAUAUCUUGAUUGGGAUAUAUUUCUCAAUAUUUUUAAGUAUCUCAAAAUUAUAUUAUCAUAACAUUGGUUAACACAAGGCAAUAAGAACUAGUGUAGCAAACCUUUGUGCCAGAAGGCCUCUGAGUGCUAAGAAUGGGAAUAUCAAUUCACUGAAUGUUUAUCACUGAUAGAAACUUUAAUGUGUGUGAAGGACUAGCAUUGUUGAGAUCAGUAGCUGAGAGGAAGCAAUUCUGCUCUCUUCCUUUAACCCUUAAAUACCCAAGAUCUGACUGUUAAUUCUUCCUUCUAGUUGCUACACAUUUACUUGUAAAUAAGUUAUGAGAAUUUGAUGUAAGAUCAAGAUAACUUCUGCCUGAUAAGUUUCAGUAUUAUCAUUAUCUGUUUGCCGGAUAGUGUUUGGAUAUUAUAGGGAGAAGUUACAUGAAUCAGUCACUUUUGGGAGUUUUUAAAUUGUCUAAUAUUUUGGUCUGAUUCUUUCAAUGCUGUCUUGCCACCUAAUAAAUUACCAUGAGUGCGAACUCAAAUGGUUUUCAAUGUAUCACGAGCAUAAGUUGUCCUGGGCCAGAUGGGUUUCAAAAUGUUAUGACAUCUGUUAGUUACAGUUUCCCUCAUGGGUUGACAGAAAGAAGGUUAUAAUCAAGUGGCUGUACAGGCUCUAUUGUAUAGUUUCCCAUAAGAUACAAUGUACAAAUGGCAAACUAAAAUACAUCUUGGUAAACAAAAUGGGAACAACUUUAACUGAAGAAUAUGGUACAACAACAAGUACCACAUCAACAACAGCAGCAAUAACAAAUCUCCUCUACCUAGAGGGCUACAGCCUUUGCCUCGCUUUCUAAGCCGUACUGAACAACUUCUGUGGUACUUCCUGUAAUGCGUUCCUCUCCACACGAUGUGGCGAUAUUCUCGUGAAACAACAAGGUAAUCGUAAAGCUGAAUGAAAUUAAUCUCAGGUAAAUUACGGAGAUCGCUCGACCAUCCAAGGGCUGAAAUCCUUACCAUAGUUGCUUCGUAUUUGAAGUCGCUCUGGUUUUGUUCUAGGUCCUGGACAUCUGUAAGAAGUUCUCGGUUUUCUCCACUACUUGAUGGAAGGACGUGUCACAUCAGCAAAGCAUAAACUUUCGACACUAAGUCGACUCUAAUUCCGCCCGUCGAUUUUGAAUUAGAUUUUAAAUCUCCCUGAGAUCUUUUGCUUCGAGUUUCUGGAUGUCAUCUAAUGACGAAAUUUCCAUAUUAUUGUAUUAAAGAACCAUUUUGAAGGGAGAAAUCGCAUUGAAAGUGCAUUAGAACGUGAAAUGUCAGCAGAUCAGCUGUAUGAAAGAACCGCCGGGUCAACCCCAGCCUCGUUAUCGUGUGUGCGCGGUUACUAAUCCAAUAUGGCGCCGGGGACUGUAAAAAUGUCUAUUGUCUUGUCACAGGUGGCCCAAGCUCACCUCUCGAAAAAGAGCCAACGAUUAAUUCAUGAACGCGUCACGCGUUGUGUGACUCGGUGUUAAGUUAUGCGAGGAACCGUUGAAAAUUUGAACAGUUAUAGGGAAUAGUAUAGGGAACGAAAUAUGGUCGAUUUACAACGAUGAAUAUUUCGAAAUAUGAACAUUUUUCUCGUAAAAUCAAUAAAACCUACUCAUACCCUGUGUAACCGUUGUAGUUUCUGGCGAUUUCUGCCGUUUUAAGCGUGCUUUACCAUCACUGUUAUUCACGUCAUCUACUUUUAUUACGUUGGUAAAAUCUGUACAGACAUCACACCAACCAACUCGCGCGCAAAGUAAGAAGACUAUAUUGAAGGCUUGAAAUUAUAUUACGAUCGAUUUUCAUCAAGAAAUGGGGCAGGAAUAUUCCACAAUAGUGCAAAUAAUCGUGAAGGCUGAUCGCGGAAAAGCGACUGCGUGACGCUCGGUAAGCUGUAAGAUGACAUGUUAUUAUAUACCAGACGUAAAAACUCUACAGAUUCUCAGUCUGCAUUUUGUACCCACUUUGCAGUCUGCAGUCUAAAUUUUGUAUUCGUUCUGCAGUCUGCUGUCUGCAUCUUGUACUAACAGGUAUCCGAGGCACCAAUACAGUUUAUUUUUUGUUACAUUUAUUCGCAAAACACACAUAAUCUACCACAAAAUACCUGUGAGUGAGGUAAUUCGACAUUUUCGUUCUUUUCCGCGUUAAUACUCUUCUUUCCUUUAGUAAGAAUGUAGACCACUUACAAUGUUUCAAGUAAUCCACCCACCCUACAAAAAAUAACUCUUGUAUGCAUAGCAUGCCUAUGUUUUGAAAUAGGUGUAUGCCCCUGGCCAGACUUGAGCUCACUAUUUCAGUAUACUAGUCCGACACCCGUAGAAUCACUACACUUGAUUCCAAGGAUCCAGUACCAUCCAGGUAUCCCAGUUACCCUGCUCACAGGGUCUAGUUUUAGUUAAAUUGGAAGGUUCGUUUGCUAUCCAAGGAAUGAUAUUUUCAUUGGUACCUUUUAAAACUAAAUGCUCUUUUUCUCUCACAAAAAUGCAAACAUCAGUUACUUAGUUUCCCGCUUUAAUCUUGCCCUCCGAAAAAAUAACUCUUACAUGUGUCGCAUGCCUAUUUUUUUACGAAGCGCGCAGGUAACAAAAUUUUAUAAACAUAAUGACCAGCUCCCUCUUGGCUUGUUAGCUCAGUUGGUAGAGCGCUGCACCGGUAUCGCAGAGGUCAUGGUUUCAAAUCCGUACGGGCCUUAAUUUUUAUCAGGCCUUAUUUCAAGUACUAGUUCAGUAGUAUUCAUAACUGCGAGGAUCGUUUCUAUAUUUGUUUAUUCAGCCGUGGUGCACACAUAUGAUUUUCGUAUGUUUACAGCCAUUAGAUGGAAACAUAUUACCUACACUUUUUUCCAGUUUCAUUUAAUAGCAUAGCGGUUUCAUUGAGAUACUUUACGUGUAAUAUCUGAACAGAAAAAGACGGGGAGAAAAUCGAGUUAUAACUAGAAAAAUGCGAUGAAAGGGGAGUACUCCUUUGUAUCGUCCAUCGUGAAACAUUGGAACUGAUGCUUCCCACCUGAGAUCAUGAGAAUGACCAUAAUAGACAAUGAAUAAUUACAUUUGUGAGUUAAAUGGAUGUGCCUUAGGCUGCAUUUUAUGGCACACGAAUUCACAUACCAUGAAAGUUAAUGUAGUGGUGAUGGUACGGUAUGACUUAGUGAACAGUCACCAAUAAAAGCCACAACCUGCCAUUGAUUAAUCUUACACCUGAAGAGGGCCAAAGAAACUGAUCGAAACUUCCAAUUAAAAAACAAUUUUAACCUCGAAUCAACUGCGAUGAGCAGAAAGAAAAACAAUUGUUGAUGGGAGGUCAAAGAUACUUUUCAAAAUAUUUGUUUAUUAAAACUGUUUCCGAGAACUACUCCUUGGCCCACACUUAGACCACUCUUUACCGCAUGAUCAUAUUACCCGCCAGUGUAAUUAAAAACAGAAUGAGAGUCGGGUACUGUGGAGACAAUGAUUCAGUAUGGGCACAUUUUUCUUCAGUAAUCAUGAUGAUUAUACUUCCUUUUUGCAGAAGAUAUGGUUAAGAGUCUCCGCCAAAUUUGCAACGAUAUUGAAAGAAUGAAAAAAGAUAUUUCGCAUGUGGCAGACUUAGUGCGAUGUACACACGAUACGGUUUGUCAGUUGCAGGAAGUUAUCGAAAAGGAUUCGCAAAAGCAGCAGAAUAUUAGGACUGAGAGUGCUACCGGAAGGAAGCGCAGCGAGGAGAAACAGAAGGUGGACCCCCUCUGUCGUGUAAGUCACCUGUCAAAAAGUAGUCUCCAGUCCGCUUAUACUGAGGAAAAAAUUAAGAGAAACAAUUUUCUAGACCAGAAGUUUUCACUUAUCUAACACAGAGAUGUGCUUUUAUUUUCAAUUCAGGAUACUUUUCGAAAGAUGUACAAAAUUCUUAAAAAGAAAGGUAACUUUCAAGGAUUUAACUUCAAAAGAAGGUAAAUUUACUUAUCAUUUUGGAGAAUCUGUCUAUGAAGGUUUACGGGAAAAGACAUAAGUAUUUAUUCAUUUGAUGUAUCUGCAUAAUAACUAUAAACUCUAAAGCAGCUGCAGAUGUCUGAAUCGAGGUUAAAGUCUAGAAUGACUUAAUUUGUUGCAAAUCAGGUUAAGACCAAGAAAAUAAUGCAGUGGUGUUUUUUUACUUUCCAAUGGAAGCGUUGACUCGGCUGAAAACGAGGAGGUUUUCAAGAAAGUGAAAGAAAAAAUGUCUGGUAACAGUGGCUCCCGUAAGUGGACAGAUGAACAGAUAAAGGGUAAGUUGGUCGUAAUUCUUUCUCUUUACCUAUCGUUUUGCCUUUUUCAUCUUCUUAUUGACUUAAGUUUUUUCUAAGUUGUGGAUCUGUUUAUGGCUGAUUUCGUGUACACGUAUAUCGUAAUGUUAUGAGCACCCACAUCGUCAACCGAUUUUCCUCUUAACGUUCUUGAUUUUGUCGCGUGUCACUGUUGCCGCCUUACUUCUUCGCGAAAACUCAUAUCAUAAAAAAUAUCAUGCAAAAACUUAUGAACUCACAUUUGCACCCUUACCCCAUCAGCCCAUAGGUGCUUCUUCAGUUCUUAGGCUUGCCGAAAAUGUGAAACCAACCUAGUAUUUUUUCACUUACAGUUGUUAGUCGAAGAUAUUUCUUGUCUUUGUACGAAACAGACAAGAAAAAAUCUGACAAUAAGUACAACGAACACAAGACAAAUAGUCGACGCCAGAACAGGAAAAAACAGGUUUGUGCGCGUGUGGGUGGGUAUGUGUGCAUGUGCGUGGGUUGUGUGUGCGUGGGUGCGUGUGCGUGUGUGUGGGAGGAGGGGGUCGGUAACAUGGGGAAUUAAGAAAACCUUAUUCGAUUAUAAAUAAAUUUGCCAAACAUUUGCAGUAAUACUAACCUCCAGAGGUAAUCCUCUCAUGUAAAUGAUUAGGUUGCCAUGAUAACUGGUGGAGGUGUCAGGAAAGCUUGAGUACUGAAAUUAUAUGACCUUAGAAUUUUUGGGCCUUGUUUCAUUACUUUUGUUAUAUAAUUUUGUUACUUCGUUACAGAAAUUGAAGAGAAGAACAGAAGCAAUGGAUAAGAUUGAUUGGGGUAGACGUGAAAAAGGAAAGGUAGCUGAGGUGCUCACUGAGGAAUACAUGUCAUCAGAAGUGUCGGAAUCAGGAGAGGAGUCGCUAUCGGGUGAUGAAGGGUGCUCUAAAGAAAAGAAGUUGUAUAUCAAAACAGUUCCGUGGGAGAGCGAAGAACUCAAAACAUUAAAAAGCAAACUUGAUAAAGAGUACGCCAGCCGUCAGACUUCUCGCGCUCGACGUCGCGAAUUUCAAAGAGAUAGGCGUCCUGAAGACGUUUCUUCACGUUCAAAACCUAAAAACGGUCCAUCAUGGGCUUUCAGGAAGGACGAUGGGCAGUGACGUCGACAAAUAAAACCCGGAUUGGAAGGCUGAACUUUAUCUAGUAUCGAGGACACUUUUGAUGUGUGCGAAAUUAUACGUUUCGUACGUAUUUUAUGAUAGAGAUUGCGUCGCUUUGUAUCAAAUCGAAGUUGUGCAUUUUUCAAUUGAUGUUUUAGCCUUUUUUGAUAAAUGAAAGCUUCGUAGUUUUCAAUAGAUGUUUUAGUAUUUUAAUGAUAAAUGGAAGCCACGCAUUUUUAUAGAUGUUUUAGUAUUUUAAGAUGAUAAAUUGAAACUUCGCAUUUUCAGUAAACGUCUAAGGUUAAGUAAGGAUUUAUGUAGGCUUUCAGUAGGAUUCACUCGGAUGAAAUCAUGUCUGCACUUCCAUUAAACGAUAACAUAGCACAUGGCACAAAGUAUAUGUGUCAAUCAUCCUACAAUGCCAUAGUAUUUUUAUGAUCAAUGGAAGCUACUCAUUUUUCUAUAGAUGUUUUAUUAUUUUAUGAUAAAUGUAAGCGACGCAUCUUUCAAAGGAUAUGUUAAUAUUUUUUGAGUCAUUUAAAAAAAAAAAGAACUCUAUGUUAGCGCAUAGAGUGGUAUGUUGCUCGCACCAAUCAGAUAGCGGUAUUAGGGUAUGUCUUUCGCACCAAUCAGAUUAUCGUAUUUUGACAACUCGCACUAAUCAGAGUCUUCAAAUUUCAACGAAUUAACGCGCAAUUCGGAGAGAGCGAUCACCAUUUAGAUUGAGAAAUACAAGGCUUUUCUGUGUUUUUAACGCGUAUUUUACCGCGCUUUUUAGGAAUUAUGCGAUAUUGCUGGACAGAUAAAAGACAUCAGAUUAUCAAGAGUAAACGUAUUACUCAUGCUGUGAAAAUGCUAACUUACAUACCAUAGAACUUUCCAGAACAUUUCAUCAAGUCACGCUCUUAUUACGUAAUACUACUAAAAUAGCUCUUAUGUAAGCUUCUGGAAUGUUCUAGAACAUUUUGUGAAAAUAUGUUAAGACUUACUUAUGUAGUAGUAGUAGUGAUAGUUGUUGUUGUCGGAGCGACAACUGUUUUGAAGGCCAUACUGAGAGAGUUACUGCGGAAGAUUCUCAUUUCAAGGAACUUUGGAGACAGUAGUGAGAUUGUGUCAGUGGUGAGGUGGGAGAUAGACUGGUGGACUUAAUUAAGUUUAUUAACGAUAAUUGUUGUACUGCUUUAAGGAGUCGCUCCUUGUUAAGAACACUGCUCGUUGUUUAAUAAAGUGGUUAAGUUUGUGG